AUGUCAUCUCAGUACACUCUUUACUCGCACCGUGGCCCCGGCCCCAACCCGCUCAAGGCGGCCGUGCUGAUGGAGAACCUCGGCAUCUCGUACGACGUCGUCCCGCUCGACUUUGGUGACGAUGCGGAGAAGGGAGUUAAGGGAGCCAAGUUCCUCAAGAUCAACCCCAACGGACGCGUCCCCUGCCUCGUCUCUAACGAGAGCGAUGGCUUCAGCGUCUGGGAGAGCGGCGCGAUCCUCUACUACCUCUGCGACAAGCACGACAAGGAGGGCAAGUUCCUCGGCAAGACGCCUGAGGAGCGCGCCAUCGUCAUGCAGUGGCUCACCCACCAGCUCUCGGGUCUCGGUCCCGUACAGGGCAACGUCAACUACCUCCACCACUACUGGGAGGGCACCUAUGGCGAGAAGCCCCAGAAGAGCGCAUUCACCAGAUUCGAGGGUGAGACCGCUCGUCUGUACCAGAUCCUCGAGGAGCAGCUCAAGAAGCAGCAGCAGCGUGGAUCCCAGUUCAUCGCCCUCGACCGACCUACAAUCGCCGACUACGCCUUCUGGUCCUGGACCCGCAUCGCCGGCUUCGGCAACAUCGACCUCAGCCCUUACCCGGCCGUGCAGAAGUGGAACGACACCCUCGAGAACGACGCCAAAUCCCAGGCCGCCAUCAAGAAGCUUCCCAUCAAGUAG